AUGGCUUCAUUAGCCGGCAGCGGAUUGAUAUUCUUCGAUAUCCACCAAGAUGGCCAAAAGCUUCAGAUAUUGUGCAAUUUACAACGACUAGAGUCGGCAGGGUUUAUCGGGUUUAUCUCGAAGCCGGCAUUCAAGAAUUUCUAUCGUCUGCUCCGCCGUGGUGAUUCCUUUUCUGUCACUGGUAGACCGCACCGCACAGAACGAGGUGAGCUCUCGAUUGACGCGAAGCAGCUGCCUCGACUCCUUUCUCCAUGUCUGCAUGAUAUCCCGCUCGACGUGCAUGGACACGAGAAUUCGCCAUACCCGCGCCAUGUUCAAAUGCUCGGCGACCCGGCCACGGUGAAAAUCAUCAAGGCUCGAUCGGUCAUUACGCAGCACAUCCGCCAGUUCCUCCUAGAUAAGUCAUUCAUGGAGGUCAACACCCCGAUCCUGAACGCGAUUGCCGGCGGUGCAAGCGCUCGGCCUUUCUACACAUCUGCCACGGAAUUCCCCGAUAGACAGCUGUCUCUUAGAAUUGCGCCAGAGCUUUGGCUGAAGCGUCUCGUGGUGGGCGGGUUCGACCGGGUCUUUGAGAUUGGCGCCUCGUUCCGCAACGAGGGCCUCGACAAAACCCACAACCCAGAGUUUACAACCUGCGAGUUCUACCAGGCCUACUCCAACCUGGAGGAGCUGAUGAAUACGACAGAGGAGCUCCUCUGCAGCCUAGCACAAGUCAUCAUAGCAGACUUCAACAAACGCAAAGAGCCAGCCCCAACGCACAUAGACUUUACCAUCCCUUUUAACCGCAUUGACUUUAUUACCGGGAUCGAAAGAGGCAUCGACCGCCAGCUACCCAGCCUCACAGCCCCGAACGCGCUCGAGCAAGUCAUGCAAAUUUUUACAGACCUCAAACUCGAACUCCCCGAACCCCCCACCCUCCCGCGUCUUCUUGACGAACUCUGCAGCAUCUACGUCGAGCCGCUAUGCCAAGAGCCUACAUUCAUCAUCAACCCGCCUGAGUGUCUUUCCCCGCUAUCAAAGAGUUUCACCCACCCCGAUAACGAUCAGGUCGUUGCCGCGCGCGCAGAGCUCUUCAUCGAAGGCAAGGAAAUCACGAACAUGUAUGAAGAGGAGAACUGCCCGUGGGAGCAGCGCCGCAAGUUCGAGGAUCAACUGAAGUUUAGCAAGGAUGCUAACGAGCCCGGCGAGAUCGACGAGGAGUAUCUAAUGGCGUUGGAAUGGGGAUUGCCGCCUACGGGCGGUUGGGGAUGUGGUAUUGAUCGCCUUGUCAUGCUAUAUACGAAGACGAAGAAGAUUUCAGAAGUCUUGCCGUUUGGGAACUUGAGGCAUGUUACGAGGCGUGAAACCCCUGGCUUGGUUAAUUCUCCAGCUCAGGUCAAGUCCGCAGCUCAAGAUAAGUCCGCAGCUCAGGAUAAGUCCGCAGCUCAGGAGAAGCCGGCAGCCCAGGAGGAACCGGUAGCCCAGGAGAAGCCAGCACCACAGGAUCAAGAUUCAUAG